AUGGUAGCAGAUCUUGUAAUUGGCUACAUGAAGCAAAUGAGGAAGGGGGGAUUUUCAAGAGUCAUUAUGCAUAAUUGCCUCAGGAGGGCGAGCGAUGUUCUUUGGACCCCUCUACCACGGCUCAUUAGCAUUCUAGGCGUCGAGGUCCCCGAUCCACCGGAAGUAUCUCUCGCAUGUAUCAAAUCAGAUUCCUUGACUUUACAUUGGUCUUCAUCUCCACCGAAUAAAGGCGUGGUUCGGUACAUCCUCCAAGUAAAUGGUGUCGAUGUUGGUGAAUCAACCCAAGGAGAAACCGUUAUUAUCGAAGGACUCAAGCCGGGUAAUUUUUACAAUGUGAGGGUCAUUGCGGUUGGUUCGCAGAAUUUUCAAGCUGGGAGUAGAGUUAUACGGUUGAGAACACUGGGUCGAGAUGGGCAUCCACGACAUGGAGUGGUGAGAAAUGAAGCGGACCUCUCAAAUGAUGAUCAAAAUGAUGCUACGAGUGGGGAGACUUUACCAACGGUUCGAGCCCACGGAGGCCCUACUGAUAUUACGAACCCUCCGGCAGCCACGGUUCAGGUCGUCGUGCGAGAAUCAAGCGUUUCGCACCAUACUCAGAGAAGAAAUACGGUGGGUAGAAAACACUCGCCAUCAAUAGUUACCGCUACCGCUGGAGACUGGUCCGCCUCGAUUGCUCAGUCUCUGGACGAUGGCUGCGAAACAAUUCAGGAAUUGCAGCGGAAACAAGAUGCGGUUCAGAAAGAGGUUGAAGAUGUGAUUGCUCAGGGUCUUAAAGAAUCUGAGGAAAUAAGAAACCAAAUCCUUAUUCUGUCAGAAGAUAAAGACAAAAAGACAGAAAUCGUCAAGGACAAGGAGGAAGCGAGUGAGGCACUGAGGAAAGAGGUGAAGAAUCUGGAGGUCAAGAAUCGACAAGCACAAUCGCGGAAAACGGCACUUCAAAAGAGUCUACAAACGAAGCAGGUAGAAAGAAAGAAGAUGCAUGAUGAACAAGCACGCUGGAAGAAGGAAAUCAAGUCGAUGGAAGCCGAGCGGGAGUCGUGGAGUCGCGAGACAGAAGAGAUACGCGUGUCUACAGAAGCCCGAUGCGAGGAGCUUCGUCAAAACAUUCGUAACGUUCAGGAUUUGAUAACGCAAUACACGCGAGAGGUUGCAGAGAAGGGGCUAUUGGUCAAAAAAUUGGAAGAGGAAAGGGAGAACCUUGGGAUUGGGUUAGAUGAUGAUCAAGCCCGCGAGUGGGAGGCUUCAGAAAAAAGAAACGACGCGCAGUGGGAGGUAAAGAACAGAGCGCAGCAUGCUCAUGCGCAAGACUGCAGCCAGCGGCUGGAGCAACUGGAAAACGAACUACAAGCUGCACAGGCCAACUUCACUGCUCUUUAUGCCCGACUACCAAACAAUCAGAACCAGCUCAUGAAUCACGCCAAUUCUUCUGGAGUAGACUUUGAUCCUAAUUCACAACAAGGUAAAGCCAAAGCUCGAAGGCAACGCACCCGCAAGAGUCGCACAAAUACGGUAUCAUCUACAAAUCCUGGCUAUCCCAUGAUCGAUCCGCAAUUCCCAAGUACCAGUGCAUUCAGCACCUUCAACUCUAUGAGUUCCACAGCUUAUGCCCCUGCUCCAUAUAUGGACUUAGCCAUGGGUAAUGACACUGCGAUGGUCCCACUUUUGGGUCACACGGGCAUGAGUGAAGCUGAUAUUCAAUCACUCACUGCUGGGGCCCCACUGAGUCCAACGGCUACCUCACUAUUACCAUCAACACUUUUCAAUGAUGAUGAGCCGCCAAGUCCCGAUGAGGAAGUCCCUGAAUAUGCAUCAGAGUUGCACCACCCGUUUAGCCCACCGCAUCGACAUAACGACCCACAAUCCCCACGAUCCAGUGGUUCUGUUAGUCUUAUGUCUAGCCCUCAUGCAUCAUCACAAAAUCUCGCAAAAUAUGGUGUGACACAUCACGAUUAUGCCCUUGACAACGAUCGAAAUUCUUUAGGAUCACCUUCAUCAAAGUUUGGAGUAAUUGGAUCGCCAGCCAGAACCGGUCAAUCAACUUCUCAUAGGAACUUCGGCAGCAUGUUCACCUCUCUUCGAAAAUCCGAUAAAAAUUCACAAGAUGGACUCCCUCUUGGUAGCUUGAAAUCUGGCCAAAGUCAUUCAUUUCCACGAUCCACUGAUGAACCGGAGACUCCUUCCAACAGAUCGCGUCGUAUAAGCUUCUCAUCCGGCUGGGGCGGUGUGUUUCAACGAAACCCUACAGUUGGUGACACUUCUGAAGGUAAUGCACCAGCCCCAGCUCGCCAAAAUAGUCGGAGACAUGGUUUUAACAGUGCACCAUUCGGCUGGGGACCAGGAGCUGACGGUACUGUGAACAAAAAUAGCCCACUUGUCACAGAUUGGUCAGUAUCCGCCCCACCAACGUGGUCCCGCAGUCAAUCUAGAAGACCUAGCUUUCAACAUGGCUCUACUAAUGCACUGACCUCCGGGAUGUUGAGCGGAUCAGAUGAAUACUUCUAUGAGGAAGACAUCAACUCAAGUCCGCCACCAAACCUGGGAGCCAUUGGCACUAGGCCGCCUUCGUCCCAUAAUUCCGUCUUACCCAAACUCAAUCCAACCGCGCCAAAAUUUGAACUUCCUCAAACGAGUGACCCUGUCUUUACUCGAUUUUUGAGAUCUAGUAAAGGUAAAGGUAAGGCUUCAGACCAGAAUGCCGAAUCUGAUCCUAUUUAUGACACGCCUCAGCCCAUCACGUCCUCUCCAUCCGAACCAAGAAAGUCGCGAGACUCUCCUUCUAUUCAUACCCAAAAUAGCGUAGCCGAAUCUACCGACAGCUUAGAUAGGAUUAAGAGUAAUGCAACGUCCGACGUGGGGGGAAGCACUAAAGGAGAAUCAUCUUUCAGUAAACUCCUCCGCAAAGGUAGCUCGAGUAAAUUCAGCUUAGGGGGCAAGGACUCGAUCUUUGGUCGAAAGAAAGGAAGUAGUAGUAUCUCUGCUUCUGAUCAUAAUGAAAGAGACGAAAGUUUAGAUGACCAUGGUCAAGACUCUGUGACAACUGGUGGAGAGAGUGCAAACAGUAGUCCGAGAAUUGGCGGUCCGGAAGGAGGCGAUACGAAAGGUCAAAAAGGUGCUCCUAGAGAAAGAAAAAGCUCAACUUGGGGACGCUUUCAAAGGAGUAAAAAGGGUAGAGAAAGUUCAGACGUAGAGCGAAGUGAGAAGAGUGAGGCCGAGACAACAGGCACAGAGGAUGAACAUGAGCAUGAGCAUGAAUGA